GGCAGCACAUUGAGUAGUAAUGGAGGAAGGUACAAACAGCUUUCUGCCCCUGUGUUUGUUGCCCUGAUUGUGCCCCCCGCCCCCGCUCCUGGGGCAGAUCGAACUGUGGAGGAGACAUGAGGCGGCUCCUGCUGAGGGUCAUCUGCUGCUUUUUGCUCCUCCAGAUGGACGGCCGGAGCUGCAGCGCGGCGUCUCUGCCUGAAUCCCUGCUCUUCGUGUCCACGUUGGACGGGAGUCUUCACGCCGUCAGCAAGAGGAGCGGCUCCAUCAAGUGGACGUUAAAAGAGGAUCCCGUACUUCAGGUUCCGACGCACGUUGAAGAGCCGGCGUUCCUCCCGGAUCCAAAUGACGGCAGUCUGUACACACUUGGCAGUAAAAACAAUGAAGGUCUAACGAAACUUCCAUUUACGAUUCCCACGCUGGUUCAGGCCUCGCCGUGCCGCACCUCCGACGGGAUCUUAUAUAUGGGGAAGAAGCAGGAUAUUUGGUACGUCGUCGACCUGGCAACCGGGGAGAAGCACCAGACGCUGACGUCCUCUUUUGCCGAGAGCCUCUGCCCCUCCGCGUCUCUCCUCUACCUUGGAAGAACAGAAUAUACCAUCACCAUGUAUGACACCAAAAAUAAGGAGCUGCGCUGGAACGCCACUUACUACGACUACGCGGCGACGCUCCCCGACAAGGACACCAAAUACAAAAUGUCUCACUUCGUGUCCAACGGCGACGGGAUGGUGGUGACCGUGGACAGCGAGUCCGGAGACAUCCUGUGGAUACAGCAUUACGCCUCCCCGGUAGUAGCGCUGUACAUCUGGCAGAGGGAAGGCCUGCGGAAGGUCGUGCACACGAACGUGGGUGUGGAGACUCUGAGAUAUCUCACGUUCAUGUCUGGAGAGGUCGGACACAUCACCAAGUGGAAGUACCCGUUCCCCAAAGAGACGGAGACCAAGAGCAAACUCACGCCCACGCUGUAUGUGGGGAAAUACUCCACCAGCCUCUACGCCUCGUCAUCCAUGGUGCACGAGGGGGUGACCGUUGUGCCCAGAGGGAGAACGAUUCCCCUGCUUGACGGCCCGAAAACGGAGGGCGUUACGAUUGAGGACAGCGGUGAGUGUGAGUUCACACCCAGCACAAACCUGAAGGCUCCCUCUGGAAUGAAAGGAAGGGAUCGUCUGAAUUACUGGAAGAACCAAUGGUUGCUUAUAGGUCACCAUGAGAUCCCACUCUCUGCACCCACCAAGAUCUUGAACACCUUUCCUGCCACCCUACCCAGAGGUCAAGAGAACAUCAUAGAAGACAGCACAGAGAGGUCUCGCUUCAAAGAGGAAGUCCUGGCAAACGAGGCUCCUGAGGAUGAAGAGACUUCUUACUCCAAAGACGUCAGCGACGUGUCCAGUCCGUUUCCUCCCAAGCCGGAAGCUCCUGUCGACUCCAUGCUAAAGGACUUGGCCACCGUGAUAUUCAGCACCUUCCUGCUGGCUGGCUGGGUGGCAUUUGUGAUCACGUACCCCAAGACCGUGCAGCGGCAGCAGCAGCUGCAGCAUCAGCAGUUCCAGAAACAACUAGAGGAGAAGAUCCAGCUCCUGCAGAUGCAGCAGGUCACUUUUCAGACCCCUGCCGAGGGCAGCUCGGAGGGGGAUUUCUUGGAAAUCUCUGGAGUGGGGGGCGAAAGCUCUGCUCAUAGCACUCCUAACCUGUCUCCUAAGGCCUCAAAUCAUUCAGUCUACUCCAACAUGUCCACAUCUGAGGUCGGCAGCGUGACCUCCACUGAGCAGGAGGAAGAAGAUGAAGACAGCCGAGUGACCGUCGGAAAGAUCUUGUUUAACCCGAGAGACGUUCUGGGCCAUGGAGCUGAAGGCACCGUAGUUUACAGAGGUCGGUUUGAUAAUCGGGAUGUCGCGGUGAAGAGAAUCCUGCCGGAAUGCUUUAGCUUUGCGGACAGGGAGGUGCAGCUCCUGCGCGAGUCGGACGAGUAUCCCAACGUAAUCCGCUAUUUCUGCACGGAGAAAGAUCGCCAGUUCCAGUACAUCGCCAUCGAACUUUGCGCGGCCACUCUGCAAGAGUAUGUGGAGGAGAAGGACUUCGAUCGCCACGGUUUGGAGCCUCAGACCCUUCUGGAGCAGACCAUGUCUGGACUCGCGUACCUACAUUCUCUAAACAUUGUGCACAGAGACCUGAAACCCCACAACAUCCUCAUCUCCAUGCCGAACGCCCACGGUAAGGUGAAAGCCAUGAUCUCUGAUUUCGGUCUGUGCAAGAAGCUGGCUGUGGGGAGGAAUAGCUUCAGCCGGCGCUCUGGGAUCCCGGGGACCGAAGGCUGGAUCGCCCCCGAGAUGCUGAGUGAAGACUGCAAAGAGAAUCCGACUUAUACCGUGGACAUCUUCUCAGCUGGCUGUGUGUUCUAUUAUGUGGUAUCGGAGGGGAAGCACCCGUUUGGCAAGUCCCUGCAGCGGCAAGCCAACAUCCUUCUGGGGGUCUACAGCUUGGACAGCCUCCAGCUAGACCAGCAUGACGACCUCAUUGCUCACCAACUCAUAGAGCAAAUGAUCGAUAAGGACCCCCCGAGGCGUCCGUCAGCAGAUGGGGUCCUCAAACAUCCAUUUUUCUGGAGUUUGGAAAAGCAGCUUCAGUUUUUCCAGGACGUCAGUGACCGCAUAGAGAAAGAAGCCCUUGAUGGUCCAAUCGUUAAACAACUGGAGAAAGGCGGGAGACAGGUGGUGAAAGAGGACUGGCGUGAACACAUCACCGUCCCGCUUCAAACAGAUCUCAGGAAAUUCCGCAGUUAUAAAGGGAAAUCCGUCCGCGAUCUGCUCCGAGCGCUGAGAAACAAGAAGCACCAUUACCGGGAGCUGCCGCCGGAGGUGCAGGAGACUUUGGGCUCCGUCCCCGAUGAGUUUGUCAGCUACUUCACCUCGCGCUUCCCCGGCUUGCUGCUGCAUACUUACCUGGCCAUGCGGACGUGCAGCAGGGAGCGGCUGUUCCAGCAGUAUUACCACCAGGCUCCCGCGCAGCUCGUGCCAUGCAGCACGAGUCCCGACGUGGCCUAA